AUGGAAGCAGCCACCUCGGCAAGUCUCCGGUGCGAUGCCCAGGCGAAUGACAUUGGCGGUGCGGCUGGUGGCGAUGACGGCGGCGACGGGGACUGUUCGGACGGUGACGGUUUAUCCAGCCAGCACGAUCUCGAGAGACACUCUGAUGUCGAGGGCGAGCCCAAGGCGAGACUUGGCUCCAUCCUAAAGAUCCCUAUGAAAGAUGCUCUAUUACGAUUCAUCGAGACAUGGGCCUCGCGUGUGGACAGCCUCUGCGGCUCCUCGGAAACGCCCGAGUUUGAGGCCCUCCACCAGUUCGGCAGCCCUGACAUCGUGGCCGAGCGCCAUCGUGGCCGACUCGGCCGAGUGGGCGCCUACCUCGGCCCGUUGCGAGACAUCAUCUUCUCGUCCUGGCUGAAUGUGCUCCUGGUGUUCUUGCCAGUAGCUCUACUCAGCGUCCAUGCGAGACAAAGCCCGCUCUUUGUCUUUGCCUCCAACGCCGUCGCCAUCGUGCCGCUCUCCGUACUGCUGACAGACGCGACGGAGAGAAUCGCGGUGCAUGCAGGCGACACCAUCGGGGCGUUGCUGAAUAUUAGCCUCGGAAACUUGGUCGAACUCAUCCUCUUUGUUGCGCUUCGAAACAACCAAGUCGACAUCGUACGGGCUUCGAUCCUCGGGUCGAUCCUCGUCAACAUGCUCCUCAUCCUGGGGUCUGCCCUGGUGGCAGGGAGCGUUCUCAACUGCGACCCGACGUACAACACGGCAGAGGCACAGCUUCUUGCAUGCCUGCUGUUUGUCUCCGUCUUUGUCUUUCUCAUGCCGACGGCGUUUGACUACACGUUCGACCCAUCCAAGGAGACAAAUGCCGCGAGCUUGCACAUGAGUCGGGUCUCGUGCAUCCUCGUCUUGGUCAUCUACAUCAUUUACGUCAUCCACGAGCUGCGGUCGGGUUCCCGAAACCAUGCUGCUGUCAUGUCGCCAGACGAGUCAGACCUGGAGAGCACGCACUCAGCCCAGGAUCAUCGCUAUGGCCGCCACCCUCAGCCGAUGCCUCACCCCGUAUCCGGGUCGCAGAUAUUGCCCCCACGAACUAUUCGUUUCGCCGACGAGGGACCCUCUGGCGGCUCUCUGUCUCAGAAGCCUAGUGUCAGUAGGAUAGAGUUGGGCACGCUUCAGCCUCCAGAGUCGGAGGACUAUCCACAAUCCGAGUACCGCGAACGCCGCAGCUGCGACUCGGAUAGCGUCUGGUCGCGACCGAAUUCGCAUCAGCCGCUGAUACGGUCCCGCAUGCAUUCCCGAUCCCUCUCCUCGGUCAGCCGGGGCCGGCGCAUGAGCCGAGAGGAGUCUCUGAACCGGGGCUUCUCACGCUCCAAUUUCACCACGCUACACAUGCUGCGCGACCCCCACCGCCAAGAUCGCGAGAUAUCCUCGGAUCGCGAGUCCGCCGCGUCGGCCAUGGAUGGGCCACGGCAUUCGGCCUCUGCAGAGGUCAUCAUCUCAAUCGUGGUUCUCGCCGUUUCCUCGGCCCUCAUGUCCCUCUGCGCCGAAUUCCUCGUCGGGGCCAUCGACGAAGUCACUAGCCAGACCAGCCUCUCGUCCUCGGUCAUCGGCCUCAUCAUCCUUCCCAUCGUCGGAAACGUCGCAGAGUAUGUCACUGUGGUUGCUGUUGCCACGCGGGACAAGCUGGAUCUUGCUCUCGCCGUAGCCGUUGGGUCCGCGAUCCAGAUUGCAUUGUGCGUGACGCCCCUGACGGUCCUCGCCGGCUGGGCGCUCGGCAAGAAGCUUGCGCUCGUGUUUAACUUUUUCGAGAUGGCGACACUACUGGGUGGUGUGCUGCUGGUCAACCUGCUGGUUCUGAACGACGUCGGCGGGAGCUUGAGGCUGAGCGGACUGAAGGGCGGGCUAAUGUGUGCCUGCUAUGUUAUUAUCGGGUAA